GCACCUUUAAAGACGGCGUGUAGGGCCAGUAAGUACCACGACAGGUGGUUUCGUUCAUUCAUGUCACACGAAGGUCUGUACACACAUCCAUCCAUCCACGCACCCAUCAGGAAGCACACGCAUCGAAAUCCACACCACGCCCACGCCUCGUGGAGGCCACACACUGGCCACCCAUCCAUCCAGCCUUGUCCAUCCAGCCAGCCGUGUAGAUACGUGCCAUCCAUCCGUCCAUCAUGCGGCUGCUCUCUCACUCAGUGUGUGCGAUGUAUACAUACAUAUGGAUACACUUCAUUGCCAGACAAACAGACGGACAGACCGUUGGCCGAAAAUGCAUGGAUGGACACACAACUGCAAGCAAACACAGGCCGGGCGCUGUGUGUCCAUGUCCUCCCUCCCCCUCUGGUCAAAAAUUCAUCCGGUGCAGCUGCCUUGCCGCAGUCACAUAGGCCACACACCCACACUGAUGCAACCCUCCAUCCAGCCAUCCAUCUCUCUGUGCGUGUGUGUUCACAUAGUCCAUUCCGCAGUCGGUCGCGUGGGGCUUGGCCCGGGCGGUGGGACCAUGCAUCCAUCCAUCCAUCCAUGGAUGGGCUUGCUCCCUCAUUGCCUACAAUGUACAUGGCACGGAUGACCAUACACCAAGACAAAUGGGCUAUCUCUCGCUGAUAAUAGAGCUCGCGUUAUCUCACUCUCUCACGCUCUUGGGUCGAGUGGGAACGGCCUCAUCUUCGAACCUGGUAACCCCCUGCACACACGGAGAGAGACGGAGAGAGACAUCAGAACCGCUCAUGACCCCCUGACCACGGUUGCAUACCUUCCCCCUGGCAGCAGUCCCCUCUUCAUGGCGAGGCUUUCGUCCGGCUCCUGCUCGCCCUUGCGCUUGGCGAUGAAUGCGUAUGGGACCACCUUGAGCUCCCGAAUGCUGCCGACCUUGGUGUCGAGCUUGACGACCCCCUUGCGCUUCACCUUGGCCACCUCGUCGCCCUCAACGCCCAACAGAAUGCCCGUCUUGCCCUUGUCGGGACCUGGAAAGGGACACGCCAACACAUACGGUAUGUCUGCAGGUCGGCUGUGUUGGGUGUGGUGUGGGGCGCAGGCUGGCUGGCUGGCUGACCUCUGAGGAGUAGGACUUGGUCCCUGAUCUUUGGCGGGUCCCUCAGAGGCGGGACGUACACCAACUGUGAAUCCUCCACACCCUGUCUCCACACACACACACACACACCCAACCAUACAUCAAGAAUAGCAGUAAGUAACAGGUGCACCAAGGACGUCUGUCUGUCUGUCUGUGCAUCUGUCGCGUCGUUGCAACCGCUGACUUCGAAGAAUUUCUCGGUUGAGAUGAUGGGGUCGUAGACCUCAUACAAAUCGCCAGCCUUCAAAUACCUACACACACGCCCAUAGACAGACACCAUAAUGGUCAGUCAAAACAUGCCCUCCCGCCCGGCGGUAUGCCAUGCCAUGCUGUGGUUCGCCGCACCUGUCGAAUGAGACCGACAUGGCUGCGAAGGCCUCCUCGGUCUCCCGCACGUCCUUCUUGUCCACAGCGCGUUUCAGACGCUCAACAGAUCCGAACAAACGACCCACCUGCAUGACACACACACAGACAACAGGAGGCCACGUGACUGACAAUGGUGCGUAUGUCCAGCCCUCACCCACCUCAUAUCUGAGUGCGAAUCGUGUGUUCUCGUCGACAGGGUCCUUGCCGGGGAAGGCCGAGUCCGUGUACUUGGUGAAGAUGGGCACGUACGCCCGCAGCUGCUGCGGAUACGACGCCAAGAUGUCCCAAUCCUAUAGACCGACCGACAAACACACCAACACACAACAACACAACAUCCACACAUGCACUGAACACAGACAGCCCGUCGCUGGCUGACCUCGUCGUAGAUGUCAGCCUGCAGCUCAUCGAGUACAGUGGCGAUUUGCCGUAUCCUCGGGGCUAUCUUCUGAGCCAAUGCGGUGUUCUUGGCGGCCUCCGACGGCAGAGGGACGCCUCCGAGACUCAACAAGCCCACGGCAGCCGGCGUGGCCAGCCACCUCCAGAAAUGGGCCCUGCGGCUGUCAUCACUGUCAUGACUUGCGGACAUCUGCAGCGCCUCAUGUGAGAGGGAGGAUGGCCGAUGCCGCCUCGGCGUUGUCGCUGACAUGAGCUGAUAGAGUUGUCGAUGUGAUGGUCGUGGAGGGGAGAGGGGCUGGAAGGCAUGCGCCAGGCCUAUGCAGAGGGCGACGCACUGCAUCACAGGCGAUGAAGGGAAUGCCAUCAUCUUGAGCUUGACACGGAGAAGUCAGGGAAAACUCUUCCCUUUGUCGAGAUCUUGUUUCUAUGUCCUCGUGCUGCCUCGCUUGCCCCGCAGCUGGGA